CUUAUCAGUCAAGUUAUUUAUGGAAAAUAUAUGUAAUAAUUUGUGUUGAUGCUUCGUAUUUAAUAAGUUGACCCUUUUAUCAGUCCUUGAUCUUUCUGUGGUAGUGAUAACAACAUCUCAUGUUGGUAAAAUACAAAGCGUGUGGCGUUGUGUCGCGUAUUGAUCACCAAUAUUGUUCAGAAUUACCUGUCAACAAAAGAGAUGUAUACAAUUCAACAUGUUCAGCGCCCAGAAAAGCCAGAAAAGGAAUCUAUCCACUCAGGACAUUUCAUGGUAUCACACUUUGAAGCUGAGGAACAAGACGAUGAAGACAAUGUUGCUAUACCAAUCCCAGAGGUUACGGAUACAAAAGCUAUCGUACAAGUUAGGUCACAAAAGCAAGGAUCUCUCAUUGAUUAUGUGGAAAAUAAAAAAAACCAGCAGCAGCUUGCAAUUGACACGAGUUUGUCUAAACUCUUUCAAUGCAUGUCGUUAGCUUACAGACAAAAGUUAACAUCACCAAAAUGGAACAGAUUUCGUGGAAUAAGACUUAGAUGGAAAGAUAAAAUACGCUUAAAUAAUGUUAUAUGGAGAUGCUGGCAUCUGCAGUUUAUAAAGAAAGAGAAUACUUUUGUAUGCCAGUUCGCCUCUCCACUUGAUGUAGACACGCAUAACAAGCCUGAGGCCGUUGUUCUGGAAGGGAAAUAUUGGAAGAGAAAGCUUGCUGCCGUAACAGCUGAAUACAAAAGAUGGCGGAUGUUUUAUCGAAACAACCUUUUGGGCCACAUGGCCAGGGAUGCAACAGAUACGCUCAGCGAUGUGGACUUGCUCGUUUGGGAUUCCAACAGUUCCGACAACAUGAAUAUGAUGGUGGAUGAGGACUACAUGGGCUUGAUGAGCGAUACGUUAUUUUCAACAAUCACUAAUCAACCGUUUGUCUUCCCAGAUUCUAGAGAAAUUGCUAAAGCUGGUUUGGCUGAUUUUAUCCAGCCGAGCUUGGGUCCACUUCAACCUAACUUGGAUGACUAUAUGGAUACGCUUGAUCCGUUACAAGAGCUUAUAAGCAGUAGGUUACCAACAGUGCCUGAAGAAAACCAAUCCACACAACAGACACAACAGCUGACCUGGGGUUAUAUAGAUAGUUCUAUGUCUUCCGCCACAACCAAUUUACAGGUUCCCACAUUGUCGUCAUCACCUCAAAUAAACCAGUACCAGCUCCAGCAAAUACAGCAGAUGCCCGUGGAGAAGCAAGUCCCCAUCCAGGAUACCCGGCAGCAGAAUAUCCAAGCUUCCUACAGUGACAUGAUCCUCCAGCAGCCCAUAGAACAGUACGUUACCCAUCAGAGUCAACCACCACCUUACUCGUCUGUGAUCUCAAAAAAUACCAAAUCCAUGAAGAAUGUAUCUCAGUCCAGGGGCAAGCUCCAGCAGAACAUCCAGACUGUCUACAGCAAAUCUAUGGAUAAUAUUUAUCCAUCCUAUUCACAACAAAGUGUAUCCAACCAGAUUUUGGUCAGCGAUCGAAUAUGCCUGCCAAUGCAAGAAUUGAAAGAUGCGGUGGAGUCCCAGCAGCAGAACCAGCAAGCUCAGCAAUUGCAAGAGCAACAACAGCAGCAAUUCCAGAAGUUAGUACAAGCAUCACAUGAGAGCAGACAGGUGCAGGGUUACAAAUUCUCUGUGCCGACCACCCCUAACAUUAAGUUCACAUCACCCCAGCAGGUACAGCACCCACAAAUGAUGCCACCCUCCUUCUCCUCACUUUCUCAGUACAAUGCUUCUCACCUUCUAAAAGACGAAAAACCGGAUCUUAGACGUCGUGGAGCUCCUAGAGGGCGAGGAAGGUCAAGGUCCAACACAAGGGAGCCUCAAAAAAGACCACCCCUAAUAUCUGCCAUUAGCGACCCUUCCUUACUUACACCGCAGACUAGUGUCUUACUAACCCAAUUACUCACAAAUAGCACAGAAGUUAACAAUUCCCUCUACAGCCAGAGUCAAAACAUGGGGUCGAGUCAGUCUAACCAGAUACGUAUAAAGGAAGAGACAAACUCUGUCCCCAUUUUACCCCAACCUCCCCCCACUACUUUAAUUAUUCCAUCUCAAGUUAGUAUUAACACUAUUCAACCUACCACGUCAGACCCGUUAUCUCUGAGCAGCCCGUUCAGCAACUGCGAGAGCCCGGUUCUAGAUCCUACCUCACAAAACUUACAUUCACCGACAUCAUCGCAGGGCUCGAUGGGUUCGCCUAACAGGGAGUCGUCCCAUCGCGACAGGAGAGCAGGGCACAUUCACGCAGAGCAAAAGAGGAGAUAUAACAUCAAGAAUGGUUUUGACAUGAUCCAUUCCCUCAUUCCACACCUAAACCAAAAUCCAAACGCAAAAUUGAGCAAGGCAGCUAUGCUACAAAAAGGAGCUGAGUAUAUCAGACAACUGAAGUUGGAGAGGAACCAACUUAAGGAGGAAAUGAUUUCGUUACGUCAACAGAUCGAGACUUUGAACACUUCCAUAAGUAAUUGUCAGUCCAUGUUACCUGCCACUGGGGCCCCUGUUUCUCGAAGGAGGGACAGUAAGAUGCAAGAGAUGUUUGACGAAUAUAUUAAAACAAGGACCAGGGAAAACUGGAAGUUUUGGAUUUUUAGUUUAAUCUUCAAGCCAUUGCUGAACUCUUUCAAUAAUUUUGUAUCGACUUCCAGUCUUGAUGACCUUUAUUCAUCUACACUGCUUUGGAUUGAGCAACAUUGUACACUUAUGGAUCUCAGACCAGUUGUUCUUAAUUCUCUUCGGUACCUGUGCACAAAGACAGAUAUUUUGUCAGAACCAGAGAAGUUACCCGACGAAGCUCGAAAGAUAGUCCUUAGUAGUAAUCUCCCUCAAAGUAAAUAGCUCACUUCUGGUGCUUCAAGCAGUUGGUUUUACAUAUAUUUGCUCAGACUAAUAUAGAAUCGUGAUAUGCAGUGCAAAUUUGUUUUAACAGUACACUAGUUUGAUAGUUUCCAGAGUUAAGGUCUUGCCAAAUUUUUUAAAUCGGGGUUUUUAUACUUUUAUUUUUUUAUUUUAAAGGAAUGAGUAAAAUUAAGUUUGAAAGUGCGAAGAUGCCUUAUACGUUGAAACUAUUUUUAAAGGAUCUACCUUUAAUCUUAAUCGUUUUAUAUGUGACUAAUAUAAAAUAGUACAACUAUUCUUUAUGUUUUUGUAUAUAAUUUCGGUAGUGCCUUAAAUGAUGAGCGUGAUAAUUUUAUGUAUAGUGUUUCAUAUAGGGUACUUAACAUAAUUGUAUAAAGUUGUUUUAUGUUUUAACAUUGUUAAUUUUUAUGUAUAUUACGUGAAAUCAAUAUAAAUACAUUUUAUUUGU